AUGCAUUCAUGGAUAGAUGGCAUCACUAUCCCAUUUCCAGAAUCUGUAGCUCAAAAGCGGCAUUACUUCACGUAUACUAGCUUAGAAAAUGAUUUUUUGGCUGGAGAUGUGUCAGCAGAUAGUAUACGCAAUCUGGUCUGUGAGUGUCUCAAUAUGCGUCUUGCUGGAAUACGUGGCGAUUUCUCCUGUAAACCUGAGCUACAACGUCUUGUAGAACAAGCUUAUCCUGAUGAAAGUGGUGUCGAAUGUCAUGCUCCUUCGGAACCUAACGAUGCGCAGUCUCUCGACAAAGGUAGUUUGAUAUUGUCUCACCAUAAUUUAGGAUAG